UACAGAUAGAGUCAACCAAGCUACAUAUCAACCGGUGAUCACCAGUUACAUAAAGCGAGCACUCUCAAGGUUCUUUCACGAUUUUCACCGGCUCAACCAGUACCUCUAUAUACGUCUGUGCUCACCACACGUUUUAUCAAAAAAUCUGAAGCUGCUCUGCAAAAUUCUUUCAGGAGAGAACAAUCAAAAAUCUCCGGCUAUAUACUCGGCGGCAAAGGAAAUCAAUGGAUCAUCGUGAAUCAUCUCAGUGUCCCUUCGUUGCCGAGAGCAUUAUCCAGAAAUGCUCUUUCCUAAGAAACAUCAACAAGUCUACCAAUUUCUCCUUCUCCUCCUUGAGUUUUCCAGUUCCCGUGGAAGGAGGUAGUAAAGGUCCAAUUUUUGAGGAUGGUCCUGGAUUUGAUUCAGCAUUCAAGCUCUUCCAUGGGAAAGACAGUAUUGUGCCGCUUUCUGGACAUUCGAGUUUCAGAGAUGACCUCGAAGACAAGACUCGUCCUCCUCGUGCUACUCCGCAAUUCAAUCCUCUUGCGGGAAAGGUCGUUACCAUAAGCCUAUCAGCUUUUGGUCCUGGAGGGCCUUUUGGAUUUGGGGACUCAUCGAAACACGAGGCAGUUGGAGACAAAUGGUUAAAAACCGGGAACUGUCCAAUAGCCAAAUCUUACAAAGCCGCAAGCAAAGUCAUGCCUCUUGUGGCUAAAGCAUUACAGCCACCAUCUGGUGCGAAAUUCAGAUGUACGACUCCUAUAGUAGCUGUAAGAGCCGCGCUUUUGAAGACCCCAUUGGUUAAAAGCCUUCGUCCUCAGCCUUUACCUGAGAAGAUGCUUGCAAUCGCUCUCAUGGGGAUGGCUGCAAACGUGCCUCUCGCAAUGCUGAGGAAAUCUGUGCUGAUGCUGAAAACAGCCAUGGCUUUGACCAUUGGAGCUUCCAUCUUGGGACAGGUGAUUGGAUCGAGAGCUGAACGUUACCGUCUCAGAGCGGUAGCUGAGAGAACGGUUGCUCAAACAUCUACUGUUACUGCUGGUGCUGGAUAUGACCAGGACUCUGGUGAUUCAGUCUUUGCUAAAGGAAAUUGUGGUGCAGGGGGAAGAGUGAAGGAGGUUUAUUACAAUGCUAACGUUGGAGAAUCUGCUAAAUCAACUGGACUCUGUUAUUGA